CUGCUCCUGGAAGCCGAAGGACUCCAAGCGAAGUUCAAAUCCUUGCGCCUGGUACACGUGAACAGAGACUUCAACGCCGCCGCCGACUACAUUUCCAAGCGGGUCAUCCAAGAGCAGUCAUCAUUGGAAGUCACGGACCUCGGGGAGCGGAAGCUUCUGCAAGGCCUGAACCCAUUCGUGACGACGCGCUCGAGGUCCGAGCAGAGCAAUGCCGCGGAAGAAUCGGCUACAGAAUCCGGAACCGACCACUUAGAAUCUGUCGACCCCGGGGCCGACGAGUCGGGAACCGACGGCGCGGAAGAGGGGCUGGCAGUCUGUCCCCAGAACCCCGACUCCCAAGACCCCGAAGAAGACCCCGAGGAUGUCCGUAGGGAACGAUGGAGGAGGACCUGUUCCCACCAGGCGCACGACCCGGGACUAGCGCCGUUGGUGAAAUUCCUCCGAGGAGAGACAGAACGGCUGUCCCUGAGGCAGACAACGCACCUGGCCAAGAAAGCAGACCAGUUUGUACUGGACUCCCAGGACGCGCUAUUCUAUGUGAGCCAAAACACUCCAGAACGCCCCCGAGAUACUGCCGACCGCCUCCGCCUGGUGGUCCCCCAAGACCUCCAAGAGGACAUUCUGCACCAUUGUCACGCAGGCUUCCAAGGCGCCCACCAGGGUAUCAUCCGGACCUAUGAGAGACUACGCAAAGAAUUCUACUGGAUUGGGAUGUUCAAGGACGCGGAGCGGUAUGUCAAAGAGUGCGUGGAUUGUGUCACUUGCGUCACGGCUAAGGGGUGCGCGUUCUCGGGGUUCAUCAUGUGCAAGGCCAUGGCGAGCACCGAGGCCCAGGACGUGGCCGAAGCUUACGAAGAAUGCGUGUUCCGGAGGUUCGGGGCCAGCGAAAUGAUCCGCCACGACCGGGACCCACGAUUCAUGGGGCAGCAGGAGAGGUCGGUGCAGACAGUGAUCCGAAGUGUCAAGGCGUACGUCCAGACGCUAGACCAGAGUGACUGGGACGAGUUAGCCGAAAGGCUCAUGUGGGCGGUGAACACCUCUUUCGACUUCACCCGACUCGACACACCGUUUUACUUGGUGCACGGUUGGGACGCCCAGGGUACCGUCGAAGCUAUGAUGGGAGACUUUCCCCGGGACGUCCAACUCCGAGAUGCCCAGGAGUGGCGCACGAAGAUCCAACGCCAACUCACGGACCGGCUCAAGGAAGGUUUCGAGGUCGGGGACUCUGUCUGGCUUUACCUAGCCCGGGUCCGUCCCGGACUCACCAAGAAGCUGGCUCAUCUUUGGCACGGCCCGUUCCGAAUCCUGGGAAAAGGUAGCGACUAUCGGUAUCGUCUCCAUGUUGAGGGAACUGAAUACCGGUUUUACCCCUGGGUCGAUGUCAGCCGGUUGAAGCCCCGGGCAAAAUACCCAGAUCGGCCCUCGGAGCCAAUGGAUAUCCCGGAGGACGAUGACUUCGACGCCGCACUGCUCCGUGAAGACAGUUGGGAACCCGACGAGGGUUCCGGAGAAUUCGAAGUAGAAGCGAUACUGGAUGUGCGUUGGGUCACCCGGACACGCACCAGCCGGCGCGUCAAGGAAUAUCAAGUGAAAUGGAAAGGGUACGAAGCGCCGGAUUGGGUCCCCCAGGGACACCUCAAUUGCGGAAGGCUCCUCUAUGAGUUCGACCAAGGAGAACGAGCUCGCGCACGUUUCCAGGCCAUGCAGUCUGGAGACGAGCUCCCGGACGAGGAGGCCCGGUAG